AAUAUUUUCUAACUAUAGGCCUACUUCACCACCAUCAAUCAAUCAUGGUCUAUCCAAGAGCAUGUCUUUGGGACCUCAGACGUCAAUGUUUGAGGGUCAAAUGGUCACGAUGAUGUGUUAAGCAAAAAUCCAGAAGAACAAUACUUAGUUGUCAUUAUUCAGUGACUCCUUUUGUAAAAGGAGCCGGCAGUAGCUGAGCGCAACGAUCAGAGGGCGAAGCAGGCAAAAAUAGAGCAGGAAAGCCCUUUCUCCUGGCGUGCACAUGUGUUUUGGCAUUCUUUGAGCAUCGACUGUGUCGUCCGGGAUGAGUAGGCCUUACCUGAGGGAUUACCAUUGAGAGACAAGAGGAAGUUUUGACAUCUUAGUACUGAGUUCGAGCCCGUCACUGGACCCAUGGCUUCGCACGUGAAACUGAAGAGAGACAAAGUGGGCGCACAGGACUACGACGCCCAAAUCAAAGAGGUGCGUUCUCAGCUGGUGGAGCAGCUGAGGGUAUUUGACCAGCAGCUGGAGCAGAAGACUCAGGUGCUGCAGGACCUGAGCGACUACCUGCGUCGGCGGGGUGAGAUCGAGGCCGAGUACGCGCGCUCCCUGGACAAGCUGGCCGACCGCUACAGCUCCAGGAUAAAGAGGAAGGAGCAGAGUGGUCAGUCGGUUCUGCAGUGUUGGCUGGUGCUCCUCGGUCAGACCCGGCAGGAGAGCCGUGACCACAGCAUCAUUGGCGACAUGUGCAGCACCAGUCUGCCCCAGAACCUGUCCCUGUGCCUGGAGCACACGCAGCGCUUAGCCAAACGGACGAGAGAGGCCUGCAGUAUGGUGCAAGAGGAACUCCUCAAGGUCACCACGGAGAUGCAGACCACGUUGAAGACCUACCACCAGUACCACACAGAGUUUCUGUCUGCAGAGGGGAAACUGAAGGAGGCAGAGAAGCUGGAGGAGAAGCAGAAGGGGGUUGCCAGAAAAGUGGAGAAGCUGAUUGAGAAAAGACAGGGGAAAGUUCAGGAAAUACAGUUCAAGUGCACUAAAGCCCGCAAUGACUACCUGCUGAAUCUCGCUGCUGCCAACUCCUCAAUGAACAAUUAUUACCUCCAAGACAUCUCUAAUCUCAUCGAUUCGAGCGAUGUGGGUUACCACCCAUGGGUGGCGCGGGUGCUGCGGAGCUUCGUGUCGGGCCAGACCCGCGUGCAGCAGAGCCUGGGCAGCCAGCUGCAGCAGCUGAGUGGCGCGGUGGCCACCCUGGACCAGGUCAAGGACCGGGACAUGCUGCUGCAGGCCCACGACAGCACCUUCUGCCUGCCCCUCAGCUUCAAGUACCUGCCCCAUGAGGGAGACCCGGUGUGUGACGUCUGUGCAGAUUGUGACAUGCAGGAUGAGCUGGAAACUCGUUGGAGACAGCUGGAGUCCAGACUGGACACUUUCAAGGACACAGAAGGGAUCAGCAAGACACUACAGGACGCUCGCUCGAUCAUGCUCACCUUUAUUGGUGACGAGGACUUGGGUGCUGCCCAGGACCAGAGUCAGGAGCCCAGUUUAGCCAAACGCAGAGCGAGUCUGCAGGAAACCGAGGGUGCCUACUUCGCAAAAGUGAAGGACCAACUCCAUUUCACCUCCAUGAUCUCCAAACUCCAAGCCAAGCAUGACCUUCUACAGGAGGCCUUACAGAAAGCCAAGGCUAAUGGUGGGAACGAUGCCAGCAUACGCACUAGAAGGUCUCUGAGAAACCAGCGAAGCAAUCGAAGGAGUCAUUCAGGAGCUCAGGUGGACCAGAAGCUCUUCACCGGAAACCUGCUCACCUUCAUCCAGGCCUCCAAGCAGGACAUCCCUAUUGUGGUGAAGAGCUGCAUUCGUUUCAUCAACCUGAACGGUUUACAUCACGAGGGCAUAUUCCGUGUGCCUGGUCUGCAGCUGGAGAUCAACUCGUUGAGAGAUGCCUUUGAGAAUGGUGAUGACCCGCUGGCAGAUGGCGUAUCAGACAUCGACUCUGUGGCCGGCGUGUUGAAGCUGUACUUCAGAACUCUGGAGCAGCCUCUGUUCCCUGAGGAGAGCUUUAGCCAGCUGAUGGAGUGUGGCUUAAUUGAGAAUGAGUCGGAGAAAUGUGAGCAGAUCAAGGCGGUCAUAUCUUCCUACCCCGAGCCUGUCAUCGUCGUCAUGAGAUACCUCUUUGCAUUCCUCAAUCAUGUGUCCCAGUACAGCGACGAGAACAUGAUGCAGCCCUACAACCUGGCCGUGUGCUUCGGGCCCAGCCUGAUCCGCGGCCCGGAGGCCGGCGACGCCUCGGCCCUGCAGCAGAUCAACGCGCUGGUCAAGAGCAUCGUCGUCCAGCACGAGAGCAUCUUCCCCGGGCCGGCCGAGCUCACGGGCCCGGCCUACGAGAAGUGCAUGACCCUGGAACAGGACGACUGUGAACCAAUUGUUGACGAGGCAGAAGGAGACCUCGACACCUCCUCAAUGAAAGAGGAGCUGGAGGCGGUUGCACUUUUCGACUACACUGCCCGCUCCCCCACGGAGCUGUCCUUCAGAAAGGGAGAGCACCUCGUCCUCCACAGCAAGCCCUCAGACGAGUGGUGGAAGGGAGAGUCCAACGGCAUCAAGGGGCUCAUACCACACAAGUACAUCAGUGUCACAAGCAGUCUGGAGGCUACUAAAAGAGCAUCUGAUAAGAGAAACAGCACUGGAGACCUUGACGAUGUGGACCAGAGCCCACGACUCAAGGCCAGCCGCGAGCGAGCCGGGUCACUCGGGGUCAGUGGCGCCCACGGAAAGGCCUCCCUGCCGCUGCCAAAGUCCCACAUCAUCGUCCGGCCAGCCAAGUCCCCAGAUGCCUUUCGGAAGCAUUUACAAGCACAGGGCCGAAAGUCCUCUGGAGAGGAGCUGCCAGGCAGUCUCGACAACACAGUCAUUAAGGUGGACAAAGAGGUGUGUCAGCAGAUGAACAAUGUCUUCCACGAGCUCCUGUCCCGGCAUCCCAUCAUCGAUCCCCCCGUCUCCAAUUCGCAGACCCCUCAGAAGAGGACGGGCUUCGGGCGGAAAGGGCGAGAUCAGCAGCACAGAUAGCCCCCCCUCGCUCCAACUCACCAGAGGAAGGCCGCUGUGGAGGGGAGCCACUAAAGCUAGCCGACAGAAAAGAGGAGCGCACAUUUCGCAUGCACCAAGAAAAGGGAACUUGGUAACAAAGGUCAGCUUUUUUAGAAACUGAACCGACAUGCAAGAGUGUGACUGUUUCAUUUGUUCAGCAGUACCGACCGGCCUGAACUGGAAGUGUUUCUUUUUUCGUGCGCAGUAGAUCUGUGUGAAGGGGAAUGGGAGUGGACCCCCGUCCCUUGAGUGACACCCAGUGGUCGUCUCUGUGUACUGAAAAUGCAAAGACCGUAGAGAAUUAGUCUAGUCACUGGCUCAGGCAACUUAAUCAGCUGGAGAACUGUCUCCUGCAUUCACAGGCACGUCCAUAAGACCGUUAUGCUGGUUGCAACCCUAUCAGAUGCUCCAAACCACCCCAUUGUGAUGAGGGUUAUGUCAAGCGCCUGUUGUGUGGUGUAGACCUAGGCCCUCAAUGUAAUGGAGGCUAUAUUGAGCACGCAGUGGUUUGGUGGCUUUGACUCCUGUCUGUGACACUUGGAUGACCUCAGAGCAGUCAGAUCAUCUCUGUAGUCUUUUUUUUUGUUUUUUUUUACGACACCACUUCAUGAAUACUCAGUUGAGAUUUAUAACUCCCAGUGCCAUGUGCUGGAUCCAAUGCAAUACUGUAUUUUUCUGGAAAAAUUAAAUGAUGUGGAUUGGAAUUGGUUGUACCAGUCUGUAAAAAGGAAAGUUUUGAAAUAAAUUGGGAGUAUUUAUAUUUGCAUGCA